AUGGGCGCGAGCAUUUCUGCGAUUGGCAAUAUAUUCGCCGACGAAGAGGUCAUGGUCAAUAUGCUUGGCUUAGACUCCACUGGAAAGACAACUAUUCUAAAUAGAUUCAAGGGACGCUCUGACAUUGUCACCGUGCCAACUAUCGGGUUCAACAUGGAGAUCGUGCCCCACCAACGCCUCAACUUCUGCAUCCGAGACUUCGGCGGCGUAGAGAAGAUUCGGCCACUGUGGCAUUGUUACUUCGGCUCGACCAAGGCCCUCAUCUUCGUCGUAGAUUGCGGCGAUCAUGAGCGCAUAGAGGAGGCUAGGAAGGAGCUACGUGAACAUGUCUUGGUCUACGAGAAUCUGGAGGGGGUACCGGUGCUCGUGUAUGCGAACAAGCAGGACUUGCCGAAAGCGAUGGCUAAGGACGAGGUGAUAGAUAGGCUGGGUAUGCGCGAACUGAAGGGGCAUCGAUGGCAUGUGCAACCCGCAUGCGCGGCUACAGCACUUCUCAAUCGAAUCAUUGGACGCGAAAACGUCCCGGCCGAACCGACAUUCUUGUAUCACCGCAAGCUCGUAAGGUACAUAGACAUACCAUUCGUCGUAUAUGACUUUGGAGGCAGGGGCAGGCUGCGCUCAGUAUGGCACUCCUUCUUCACCUCUACGGCUCAAGGCAUCAUACUCGUCGUUGACUCAUCCGAUCGCGAGCGCAUGACAGAGGGGAAGGACAUGCUACACGACAACCUUCUGGAUGUGCGACGUCGCGAGAUCGGCAAUAUCAAGCGAUGCCCGCUGCUUGUGUUUGCGAACAAGCAGGAUUACCUGCCGAAAGCCUUGUCCUCUGACGAAGUGGUGGAGAAGCUGGGAUUGAGAGAUAUCCAGGGGAUGUGUUGGCACGUACAACCUUGCUCUGCAAUCACAGGCGACGGUCUCUCAGAGGGGCUAGAAUGGCUUGCGCGGAACCGCGCUGGCAUACCUCAACUGUAA